AUGCCUAAUACGAUAUCAGUAUCCAUUUAUUUAAUGGGGAGCCUUCUCCUAGUUUCUGGACAAAGGAACUGGAAGCUCUCGAAGCCCACGAAUUCAGUGACCAUCCGCCAGAGCGGAGGACGCAUCUGCGCAAAUCACUUGGUGGGUGAGUUUGUGGAGCAUGCGGAGGACUGCCACAUGUUCUAUCUGUGCGUCGAUAAUGGCGAUGCCGUCCUUGCCUCCUGCCCACCCACCAUGCUCUUCAACUCGGAGAGUCGACUCUGCGAUGCGGCGUCUAAUGUGCGUUGCAGGAAUGCCACGGACUCAUCCGGGGAAAGCAAUCCUCCCGGAUCCGAGGCCAACGAUCUUAACAACAUGGUCACGGAUGUAGACACCUAUUGCGCCACGGUAGCACAACAGCAGAGCAGCGAUCGGAUUGUUUAUGUUGGAAGCUCCAGCAGCUGCACCAAGUACUACAUCUGCUACUAUGGCCAGGCCAUUUUGCAAGAGUGCAGUUCGCAGUUGCACUGGAAUGCGAUGACCGGCAAAUGUGAUGUUCCGGAGCGAGCACAGUGCACGUUGGGCGCCAAGGAGGAGGAGCGGCCGUCGAGUGGGAGUUCUACAUUUGGCCCAAGUGGAGCACUUUCGAGUGAUCUCAUCCACUGUCCGCCUUAUGGGCAGCAUCUGUAUCCGCACAUGCAGCGCUGCGAAUUCUUUAUAUACUGUGUCAAGGGCCAUGCAAGUUUGCAGCGUUGCCCUUUUUAUUAUUUCUUUGAUAUAUCAACCAAAAGUUGUCAGUGGUCGCGCACGGCUUUGUGUGUGCGUGAUUUGAGUUUGAUACCAGAAAUAAAAUAG